CCACAACACUCACAACUACCUUUUCAUACGCUACUGCAGAAUCACAACAAAGUGGCAUCUUCAAACUCCAAGUCCAAGCCCCUGCCUGGUUGGCUGGCAGUCUUCUACAUCUGCGCGAUCAGCUUCUUCCUUGGCCGAGCUACUCGACAUGGGCCGAUGGAUCUUCCAGCUUCCAGCCAGCCUUUCAAUAUAUACGAUUUUCUUGACCCCUGGACCAACGGAUCGCUGUUGCUAUCCACGCCAAAGAUCGGCAAUAUCGGUUGGCCACUAGCAUCCUUCGUCAGCGGAGCGUUGAAUCGCACCAAGACCCAAGCCCAAGACAUAGGCAACGACUUCCCUUCGUCUAGUCAUCAUCCAAUCAGCCGCAGUCAAGAAUACAAGCAUAUCGCGAUCUAUCUUGAAGAGCUACGAAUGAACCGUCCGACUGUCAAGGCUCUGGAAAAGGGAGCUAACGCUCGCUAUAACUGUCUGCAAAACGCGACUCAAGCAGCGAUGACGCAUACUAUUACCAACCCAGUUGGUUAUAGCUACUUUGAUGAUGUCUGGAAGAAUGCAAAGCCGGAUCAGUGGACCCGCGCACAGCGCGAGCAUCGUGCUGCAGUCCUCAACAAUCUCGCUGAAAAAAGCAUGUCGGCGUUCGGAAACUACCUCGCUGAUGAAUGGUGGUUUGAUGUUGACAAUGAAAUCGGAGCUGUGAAGCAGGCUGCCAAGCAACUUCGUGGUGUUCUAGUCAACAAUCCUCUUUACAACGACACUCAGGGAUGUAAGACUCUCUCAACGACAUCGACAUACAGUGCAUGGAACCUGGUUUGCAGGAUCAGCACAAACAUGACUAUCCGUCGCAACAUUAACUUCUGUCACCGUCUUCAAGGUGUCCAACAGCUAGACAAUGAAGCAUCCUAUGUCCGCAGGACAGUUGGGAUGCACCAUGUCUCUGGUAAGAAGGCCCUUGUAUCCUACGCUUAUUCCUCCCUCCCCUUUGCGCGCACCAACGGCGCCAACACCUAACUUCCCCAGCAACUGUAUGUUGAGGUAUUUGGUUCCGGCGGAUCGGGGCUGGUGAGAUGCAAUCGGCACGCGGCGAAGCGCUGGACAUCGCCGUGAGCCAAUGGUGACUUGAUCGUGUGAUGGGUGGUAGAUUCAUUCGCGACGACAAAGGAAAUAGGUUGGUAAGUCGGUGGACCAUGUAUGGUUGAGUCUGGUCUGUAGAGUUGGACGCGCUUUGACCGGCACGGGGUGGUUAGUUGCCUGUUUCUUUUCGUGCGGUUACAGAGAACGAGAGUGAGAGAGGAAGGACAAAUAUUGAUAUCACCAUCUCGUUUGCGAGCGCGACGUUCGGAGAUAAGCAGAUUUUGUGGUCCAAGGCGGAUUCUGUGGUUCUACCGUUUGGGUGGCGGAAACACUUGUAGAGUGAGUGAAGUUAAGCUUGGAUAAAGCGCAC